CCUGGGAAAGAAAAGUUUGAAAACCCCUGGCUCAAGAAAAUAUCACGUUUCACCUUUCAACUCCUUCCUUGAGUUACAUGAGUAGUUAACUGCAGGGUUUGAAAUCACGUGAUAUAUUCUACUUCCAAUCCCGAGACGCCAUUUUGGAAGAAAGUUUGGAAUUUUCUGUCACAGGAAGAAAAGGAGGGACACCAGAAGAAGUUUGAGUCGAAGGAAUACAAAUGUAUUUGCCGAGAAAAUGUAUGAAGGAUAAGUUUACGAAACUGUGUGUGUGAAUAAGUCGCGGAGGCACGGCCUGAGUUUACAUGUGCCACUGAACUGGAUUUAGAGUUUGAGUAAUUUUAAAGCCCGCAAGCUACGUUGGACACCAAUGCAUGCACGGAUUGACUGGUUUUAGCCGACUGAACACGCGUUUCUCUACUUUGUAUGGAUUUUAACGGGCAUUUGGACCUAGUUAGAAAAAUACCAACCAUUGCAUAUGUGGUGUCGUCACCUCUUUGCCGCUGUCAGGUUCAAGAAGUGCAGCUGUCAGCUAGCUGGUUGCGUUUUUAGUUUGUACCCGAACGCCCUCAAAUGUUACUGUCGUUUCUCAUUUUGUAGCACAGUAACAUAUUUUCAAUUGACAGUUCGUGGGCAAAAUUAAAGCGGAACUUGUGGUUUCGUUGCAGAGAUUUUCAUACCCUUUGGAUACCAGGAGAGUGAACGUGUUCUAUUAUAUUGCGUGUAACAUUAACAUUUAUCUGCGCGCGACUGGUGAAAGAGCUAGCUGGCUAGCAAGCUACAUAUUGUCUCGAGACUGCCUAAUCAUGCCAGUACGAAAGAAAGAUGCACAGCGAGCCCUGUCACUCUUGGAGGAAUAUCGCACUAAACUUAACCACACUGAGGACUGGCAACUGAGACUCUCCAUCCAGAGGGUCAUCGACAUCUUCCAGAGUAACCUUUUCCAGGCACUCAUAGAUAUCCAGGAAUUUUACGAAGUGACCUUAUUGGAUAAUCAGAAAUGUGUGGAGUCCCCGAAGACUUCGGAGCCCAUGCUGCCGGUCAACCUGUGGGAUUUCUCUAGCCUCCAAAGCACAACGGUGACCUCAGACACUCUGCCAAGCCUUAGCACCAGCAUAGAGAAAUACAGGCACCACGAUGAGGACACAUCCCCCCAGGAGCAGAGCUCCCCCCAGCUCACUGACGAGGUCCCUGGCCCCGAGCUGGUCCAGGUGGCUGAGAAGAACCUUUCCCAGAUUGAGAAUGUCCACGGCUACGUGGCCCACGCGCACAUCUCACCCAUGAAGGUAGCUUCUCUGGAAUGCAUCUUUGACGGGCCGUCCACAUUAGGGCAGCAGGAGCUCCCUCCCCCCUUGGCCCCUGCCCCAUACUCCCAAAGCCACGAGGCGUCCCUCCUUCCCACCUGCUCCUCCUCAACCUCCUACCACACAAGUCAGGCGCCAUUCCAGGCGAACCCUCCCCCUGUCGUGGUUAAUACAGACAGUUUGGACACGCCUCCAUAUGUAAAUGGAACAGAAGCGGAUUAUGAAUAUGAGGAGAUCACACUCGAACGGGGUAACUCUGGGCUGGGUUUCAGUAUCGCGGGGGGAACGGACAACCCCCACAUCGGUGAAGACCCCAGCAUCUUCAUCACCAAGGUCAUCCCUGGGGGGGCGGCGGCCCAGGACGGACGACUCCGGGUCAACGACGUCAUCCUGCGGGUGAAUGAGGCAGACGUGCGGGACGUGACCCACAGUCGGGCAGUGGAAGCUCUGAAGGAGGCCGGGUCGCUGGUGCGCCUCUACGUCCGCCGGAGGAAGCCUGUCUCCGAGAAGGUGAUGGAGAUCAAGCUAGUGAAAGGACCCAAAGGUCUUGGUUUCAGUAUAGCAGGGGGAGUGGGGAACCAGCACAUCCCAGGGGACAACAGCAUCUACGUCACCAAAAUCAUCGAAGGAGGAGCUGCGCACAAAGACGGGAGGCUACAGAUAGGAGACAAACUUCUGGCUGUGAACAGUGCUUGCCUUGAGGAGGUGAGCCACGAACACGCUGUGACUGCCUUGAAAAACACCCCCGACGUGGUCUACUUGAAAGUAGCAAAACCCAACAGUGUCUUCAUGAAUGACAGUUUCGCCCCGCCUGACAUCACCAACUGUGAGUUUCCACUUUCCUACUCCCAACACAUGGAGAACCAUAUCAGCCCUCCCAGCUACCUGGGCCAGCCCCUUCCCCCUGAGGCCCCGUCAGGACACUACUCGCCAACCCCCAAGAGCAUGCUGGGAGAAGAAGUCACCAGAGAGCCCAGGAAGGUGGUGCUCCACAGAGGGACGACGGGCCUGGGCUUCAACAUAGUGGGUGGAGAGGACGGAGAGGGCAUCUUCAUCUCCUUCAUCCUGGCAGGGGGACCUGCAGAUCUGUGUGGCGAGCUGAGGAAAGGAGACCGCCUCGUCUCUGUGAACGGGGUGGACCUCCGCAGCGCCACUCACGAGCAGGCGGCUGCGGCACUGAAAAAUGCUGGGCAGACUGUAACCAUCGUGGCCCACUACAGACCAGAGGAGUACAGUCGAUUUGAAGCCAAGAUCCAUGACCUGCGAGAACAGAUGAUGAACAGCAGCAUCAGCUCGGGGUCGGGCUCGCUGCGGACCAGCCAGAAGAGGUCACUCUACGUUAGAGUCCUAUUCGACUAUGACAAGACAAAGGACUCAGGGCUCCCCUCUCAGGGGCUCAACUUUAAAUUCGGGGACAUCCUGCAUGUGGUGAAUGCCUCAGACGACGAGUGGUGGCAGGCUCGGCAGGUGACCCCAGAGGGCGAAGCAGAGGAAGUGGGUGUCAUCCCCAGCAAGAGAAGGGUGGAGAAGAAAGAGAGGGCACGGCUAAAGACGGUCAAGUUUAACUCCAAGUCGCGAGACAGAGGGCAGUCACUCAAUGACAAGCGUAAAAAGAACCUAUUUUCCCGAAAGUUCCCUUUCUACAACAAGGAUGCAAGCGAGCAGGAAACAAGCGAUGUUGACCAACACAUCACUUCCAAUGCCAGUGAUAGUGAAAGUAGUUACCGUGGUCAAGAGGAGUACGUGCUGUCGUACGAGCCAGUCAGUCAACAGGAAGUGAACUACACCCGUCCAGUGAUUAUUCUCGGUCCCAUGAAGGAUCGGGUAAAUGAUGACCUGAUAUCGGAGUUCCCCGACAAAUUUGGGUCCUGUGUACCCCACACAACCAGACCUAAGCGGGACUAUGAGUUUGACACCAGGGACUACCACUUUGUGGUGUCCAGGGAGCAGAUGGAGAAGGACAUCCAGGACCACAAGUUUAUCGAGGCGGGCCAGUACAACAACCACCUGUACGGGACCAGCGUACAGUCGGUACGUGAGGUGGCAGAGAAGGGCAAACACUGCAUCCUGGAUGUGUCGGGCAACGCCAUCAAGAGGCUGCAGCUGGCCCAGCUCCAUCCCAUCGCUGUUUUCAUCAAACCCAAGUCUAUGGAGAACAUCAUGGAGAUGAAUAAGAGGCUGACGGAGGAGCAGAGCAGGAAGACCUUUGACAGAGCCACCAAGCUGGAGCAGGAGUUCACUGAGCAUUUUACAGCCAUUGUUCAAGGAGACACCUUGGAGGAGAUCUACGAGCAAGUCAAGCAGACCAUAGAGGAACAGUCUGGCCUGUUCAUAUGGGUGCUAUCCAAGGAGAAAUUAUGAAGAGGUCACAACACUUUCUACUCCCCUGUCGUCCUCCUCUCCUUUUUAUUUAUGAUUUAUGCCCUGUUCUGCUGAAACUGGAAACACUACCCUACCACCUGCAAAACGGUCCGAACCUUAUCACCCCCCUUUUCCUCAAUCCCCCUCCUCUGCCAGGCUUCUUUCAUGACCUAAGUCAUCGGCCCCACCGACCGAGAAGUGACAGUGACGGCCAGUGAUGUUGACAACGAAUAGCCAGACCAGCAGAGCAAAGCACAGAGGAUGUUGUUCUCAAACGGUACAGUUCCUUAAUGUUUAAAGGAGGUGACUUUCUAAGAAAAAAGGAAAGUGAAAGAACUUUUUAGUGGCUCACGGCUUAAUAGUACCUCCUAUUUAAGUCUAGUUUUUUUUCGUCCGAAGACAAAGGAAGUUCAGGCAUUAGGUUAUAAGUAGGGGAAACACAAAGCAAAACGUUGCACGUGAUAGCUUUAACAGCAUGUCUUUUUAGUACCUUUUUUCCACUUUCUUUUACCCCCCAAACCGUCAUCCUUCAACAUAUUUAUCAUAGUAGUCUUUUUUUUUUAACACAGUUGUAUUCACUUUCCCCCCCGCUCCUUACCAGUGUAUCCAUGUUAGAAAGCCAUUGAAUUUUGUGUCUUUGAUCGGCACACAGAUGUUUCUUGUGCGGCACUUGAUUGAACAGGGUUCUUCAACUCAAGUCCUGGAGGGUGUAGUGUGUCCAUUCAAAGGGUUUAACGCUGACCUCCGCUCUUAACAAGAACUGUGUGACGCAAACAGCAUUACUGUUUGUACGGUUGUAAUUCUCGUUUGCAUCCUACAUGUGUGUUUGAUUCUUGGAAUAAUAUUGACAUUUUCAUGAGCAAAAUGUGAUAUCGCUCCUACUAAAACCCUCUAGAACUUGAGUUUGAGAUCAGAUCAGUGUAAGAAUUAUGGAGAGUUUUUAAGCUGUGUCUUGCUGUUUAAAUGACCAUCUUUGAUCCUUUGAAUUGUUUUUGAGAGUGCUUUUACAGAUGCAAAAGUAAGGGACUGCCAUUUUUAGGUGUCGUUAGGUUUGUCCGCAAAAUGCAGAUGCAAAAAUGUAACAACUUUAUUGUACAAUGAGAUUUUAACAUAUAUUUAACCCUCCGUAAACUGCCUAUUUUGUUAUAAUAAACAUCUAUAUUGAACUUUACUUAAACACUAAUACUAUGGGAAUUAUUUUGAUUGCAUUUUUAAUCAUAUAUAAAUAAAAAAGUAUAAAAGAUAUUUAAAUAUAAAUAUAUAUAUUUUUGUUUUCUUUUACCACCACCUCCUGUAAAAAUGUUUUUUUAAAUAAAUUAUUAGUCUACAUCAGAAAAACGAUUAUUCUAAUACAGUGCUCCCUUAUUGUGGUUCUAAAGAACCUAUAGGUAUGCUCUUUUCCCCCACAACUAAUACCUCAAUUAUUGAUUAAACUGUGAAAUUAUGAACAGGGUGUCACUAUUGUGAAACAUUAUCCCUGUUUCAAGUUUGAGGUGUAAGGUGAAGUUGCCCCUAGACGCUGAUCUUGGGUCAGUUUAGCAUUUUCUCCCCAAUGGUUAAGGUUAGGAUUGAUGGAGGGGAAGCCGAUCCUCGUUCUGCACUUGGGGGAAACUUCACUCCGGAGCAGUUAGUCUGUACUGUACUAGGACUAUAGAGACCUCUUCCCCUGCCCAGGUAAAACGCAUGUUUUAGAUUAGAGAGCAGUCUCAGAAAGGGCCACUAUGGCAGCUAGUAUCCUCCUGUGUCCUACUAUAGUAACCGACUAGUUGUCUUUACAUCAUGUGAAAGCCUACAAGAUUUUGAAAAAAACUAUGUAACCCAUAAAACUACAGAUGACUAGAAGUAAUAUAGCAAAAAUAUUAAAUAACAUAUUUGUUUAUUACACCUGCCAAAUGUUUAAAGGCCCUGACUUUAAAACAACACAGCUUCACGUGAGGAAUGUACUGGCUAUUCUUGAGUGGGUUUUUUUCCAGAAUGCAGAAUGCCGGUUCUAUAGUAGAUAUGGGAACUGAAAGCCCAGACUUGACCCAUUGGACUUUUUUUUAUAGACUUCGUUCAACGGAGGGCUCUACACAAGGCUUGUGUCCCUCAGCAAGGCCUCCCCCCAUCCUCGCCUUCAGGAUAACGGCUUUUUCUACACUACAAAACUGCUUCUUCCAUCACCUCACCACCUCCACUUUUGGGGGGACUGUCUGGAAACAUGUAAAUAACCUACCGAUUCUCAUUCAUUCCAUUAAUCAGAGAGGAGAACGGCUCAUAAUUGAAUAAAAAUAUAUAACAUUUCUCAUACAA